AUGGUGUAUCCGAAACUCAACUCGACCAUUCCAUAUGCUAGUUCCUUUAUGAAUUGGGAUGUUAAUUCGUAUUCGGAUAAAGACUUUCAAUCCAACACUUCCUUGAUUACAACGAUUGGUUCGAGAUCGAUUGUGAUGGUCACGAACUACAUGACUGCCUUUAUUUGGAAAAAUGUCAGUUCCGAAUACAAUGUGAUCAACACCAUGGACUUUGUGGAUUGGUUGAAAAACAUGUCGAAAAGUGGAAAGUUGGCAAAUUUGAAAAUUGGAGUGGAGAGAGGAUAUCGGAAUUUUUUACAAUAUGUUUUGAAGUAUUAUGGACUGUCAGAAGUCAUUCCAAUGGUUUCUACGUUUGUAUUUUAUUCAAGAAAUUGUCGACCAAGACAUGUUUUCGAGGUGAGUUCAAUGAUGAUUCAUGAAUCGAUUGUUUCCAAUCUUAUUUCUUUAUUGUCAACCGUGUUGCUAUUUACCCAAUUUGGAAACUUUUCACAGGACUUUGAUGUCAUCAUUACCCUUCCAACCUUCUUUUUUCAAUACAUUAGAUUCUAUCGCGAUGGCACUGGAAUUCGAAAACCCAUCCUACCCAAUGAUCCAAUCGCAAGUUAUAUCAAUCCUCAAGAUUUCAUUCCCAUUCGAUUAGCUCCAUAUAUUGUUGGCUAUAAUUAUCCAUAUCUUCCUUGGUUUUCCAUUACAAAUUCCUAUUUAGUGGGCCUAACUUCACAUAUGCAAUUUUAUGCCAAUGAGGCAGAUUUGGCCAAUUAUUAUAAUUUUGGAAAUGUCACACAAGAGGAUCUCGAUUUCAUUACCAAUGUCACUGGUUCGACUCCAAAUGUCGAUCGAGAGGCCUUCGAAACCAUGAUUCGAAACACUGAAGCUCGAUUAGGUGUCACUUUAACAGGUGAAUGGACAUUACAAGAUUAUUUGUCAUCUCUGUAUUCAUCGGCCUAUCAUCGAUGUGUUGAUACCAAUUGCAAUGAUUACAAAUUUGAGGAAACAGACUUUUGGAACAUUCCAGUGAUUAUCUUACUUGUCACUUAUUUUGGAUUAUUGUUUGGAACGAAAUCUUUUCUCAAACCAGCCUUAAAAAGAAGAUUAAUCAUACCUUACUUGCCAGUAUUCAUCAUUUUCUUUGAAUUUGGAGCUGGAUCUGAAUAUUUUGCAAAUUCAUGUGCUCCUGCAUUGGGUUACGUUCGAAUGUUUAUUUGCUGUUUUUGGGUCGUGUGCUAUGCUUGUAUGGUCAUUCGAUUUUAUUAUUUGAGAAAUUUGUACAAGAUGCUUUCAAAAGGCGAGAAAGAUAUUGCACGAGUGAAAUGGUUUUCAUCCAACUCUGUAGGAAUAGUGCUCAUGUGUGGCAUUUCAAUUCUCAUUUCAAGUAUAUUCUCCAUUCAAGGAGUGACCAUGUUUUUUGAUAUUUUCAACAAUGAGAAUGACAUCAUUCGUGUGAUUAAUAUCAGUUUUGCUCUCUAUUUAUUAAUUGGAACCUUUGUGGCUGCAACUGUCAUUGCGAUGGAUGUGGUUGUGAAUCGACAAAUGAUGUCACAAAGUGGUGGUUUGAGAAAGUAUCUCUUUUUUGAUGAUCCUUUUUAUGUGAGAUUGGAUUUGAUUUUUUCUUCAUUGAUUUUUGUGACCAUUUUGAUUUUAGUGAUCAUUCAAGGAUCAGUGAGUAAUUUCAAAACAGGAGGUGUGGCACAUUUCAACAGAUUCUUGGUGUUGAUGAUUUAUUUUUGGGCGAUUUUAAUUUGUGGAGGAACAGUGAUUGCUUCAGAACUAAUUUCCUUAUUUAGAAAGAAGAAAUCCAAUACCUCUCUUUUGUCAGAACUUGAAAGAUAUUUGAAAAUUCCAGAAUUUAAAACUCUCUUUGCAGAAUACACUGAAAAGGAACUCUCACUGGAAAAUUAUUUAUGUUUCAAAGAUUUGGAAGUUUUAGAAGCAAAAGGACUUGACAAACCUUUGAAUUUGCAAUUCCUACUUGAAAUGGAACGAGAUUUCAUUCGAGAUAAUGCCAUCUAUGAAUUGAAUUUAUCCUCGGUGGUACGACAUCAAUUCUACAUGUUACUGGAAAAGUGUAAAAAAUGUUCACAGGGCGUCGAACUUGUCGAUGAGAAUCGAAAAGGAAAUUCGAAUUCUCUUCAUUCAACAUUUAUAGCAUCGUCAGAAUCGGAAGUGCCCACCAAUGGAGAUUUAAACAACUUGUUGCGUGAUUCGAUCAUGUCCAACCUCGCAGAUACUCAUUCAAGAUUCAUUGAAACAAGGGAAUUUAGAAAUUGGGUGGAAAUUUAUGAAAUUCAACAAAAGAAUAACAUUUUGUAA